AUGCAGCAUACAGCAAGCAGCCAAAAUGAACGUGAAAAAGAUAAGAAAGAACAGGGCACAAUUCUUAGUUUCCUUUCACCAAGGAAACCACCUGAAAAGGACCACGUCAAGAUGGGCCUGCAGUCACAACAUACAGUGGGCAGAGUGAAAGCAAUGAAGAAGAUGGGUCAGGAACGGCAACUAAAACGAACCCAACAGCUACAACAUGGGAAACCGGCAAAGAGGCAGAAGACAAUGACUGGAAACAAUGCUGAAAAAAGAUGCGAUGAAGGAACAAAGACAUGUCCCAGGUGCUUUGUGAUUAAAAAUGGUGGGGCCAAAAAGUGUGCCCAUGAUCCAACUUGCCGACUCAACAAGCAGUACUAUGAGACAGAUGGUGGUCGACUUGACAAGGUUGAAGUCCUACAAAGAAGGCUUGACACGGCAAUGAUGGCCAGAAAUAAUCGGCCCUUUGAAGGCAUGGAACUUCACAGCAGCACAAUUCCAAAAAGUCAAGCAGACGUCAACAAGUUUUUUUCGCAGAGAAAAAAUGUGGAAUUGCCACCCUCAAGCAAGAGUAGCAUGAAAGAAGCUUCUUUGGAGGAUCAACUUUCUCCAUUUUCCGUCCAAGCGUUGAAGGAGAGAAUCAACAGGUUGAUGGCAAAUUGUUCGGUUGGCAUGACUAAUUCAAGCUCUGUUCCGAAGGUGAUUGGUGCUGCCAUCGAUGCCCUCCUGGAAACCCACAAAAGCAUCACAUGUGGCACUGAAGAUAAUGUACUCAAGAUAAAAGAUAAAAGAGGAAAAAGUUAUUGGGAGCACCAGAAUUACCAACGUCAGUUUCCUCCUGGCACUCUGGGGUUUACCUUCCCAAGAGAUGACAAGACCAAAAGCCCAGACCACAACUACAGUCAACUUGAGGGCGUGACAAUUUACUUGGUCCGGUGGGAGCUCAAUCUUCCAGGCAUUCAACUAAUCUGCCCAGAGUGCAGGAAAGGAGAGCUUAUUCAUCAGAAGUAUGACUACAAGACCAGCGGAUUUGCAACCCCAAUUAUUGAUAUUUCUGGGGUUACAAGUUGGGCUUGUUCCAUGAAGUACAAGUGCAAUAAUACUGCCAGGUGUGAUUAUCGAUGUAAAGGGAACGAUGGCCCAUUACUAGCCCAACUUCCGGCUCAAUUUCGCAACGCGUAUCCUGUGGAUCCCAGGUAUGCACUCAGCAAUAAAAGGCAUCUAAGCCAGACUUUUACAAAUGUGAUGGACAAGCUGAUGAUAACACAUGGAAAUGGCGACCAACUUGCACAACUGCUAAGUGAAACUCGUGGGGACAAGCAUCUUGACAAAGAAGAGGAAUAUUAUAAUCAGGCUAGAGACACUGGAACAACGGUAACAGAACCCUUUCCAGUAUAUGAGGACUGGAUUGGCCAGUACAGCCCAAGUGGGAAAGAUCUUCGUGACAUGAAGGAUGUCGCAGCACACUCUGCACUAAUAUCCACUGGAGUAUCAGACAAAGAUAGAGUCUGUCGAGAGAUUCAGAGUGUUGGAGCAAAGACAACCACCUGUGAUGAUCACACCUAUGCUGUGUUGGGAAACUAUAGGCCCGAAGACAUACAAAAUGCAAAAUGUGCACACUCGAUCGGAACAGAAACAGGGGAAAUAGCAUCUGUUGUUAUUGUGCCCAGUGAAGAACAAACUCACUAUGCACACCAAGCUGCCCAAUUCUCCCGCCGCCCAAAUGUUUGCCCAAAGGUGCAUGUUUCUGAUAUCUGCCCAAGAGGAACAAGAAUUUGGAACGAUAUUUUUUCGGGUUGUGGCAUUACAUGCCGCCUUGGCUGGUUUCACUAUCUGCAGCGCAUCACAAAGACGCUGGUGGAAGAUCAUGAGUUGUAUAGAGAUGCUAUUCGUGCACUUCAAGAGUGUCUCUACUACUAUGAUGAAGGAGAUCUUGCUGCAGUGAUGCAGCAGAUCUCAGCCGGGAAUCUUGGAAAAGUUGAUGGUAAGGUGUGCCCAGAAGAGAACCAGCUUAAAAGAGCAAAACAAUAUCGUCAGUAUGUGAGAGUCUGGUCAUACAAGGCGACAGUUAUCCAAUCCAAGUUGGCUGCAUGGUACCGCAAAUUCAAGGAUGAGUAUGAUGAUACUAUCCAUGCUGACCUUUUUACAGGACCAACUGAAACUGCAGUCGAAGAGCAAAUGAAGAAUGCAAUUUGGGUGGAAGACAUCUUGCCCAAAGAUGAUCUAUAUUUUAGUGUCAAACCAGGCUUGAUGUCGAAAUGCAAGCUCCCUGUAUUCAUAGGUACACGUGGCGCCGAAUCAAAGGUGGAGAAAGGCAAUCACAUCAUGCACCACUGUUCAAAUGGUGGCACACGACGAACUCUAACUGACUACACUUCAUCGGCUGGAAUUGCCUUGUACAAUUUGCGAAUACGAUACCGCCUUCAUAUUGGAUCCCUUGAUCCGAAGUUGCGAAAGAAGAUUCCUACAGCCUUUCACAGGGCACCACAUUAUACCAACCACCUUCGACUUGCAUUUAUCAACAACUUGGCCAAAGAGGCUGGAAUCAUUGGCAAUGUCCACAGCAGAGUAGAAGAGCUACCAGCCGACAACGGAGAGAGAUUUUUUUCUGAAUACUUGACCCAACAACUUGCCAGAGAAAGCAGUGGAGUUCUUUAUGAUGAAAAAACGAAAAGAUGCAAAUGCAAAGACUGCAGCAAAAUUAAAAAUCCAUAUGCCAAGAGAAGAGUUGGUUCUAUUCAAACCGCUCAUGCUGGGAACAUUUCUUCUUUAGCGGGGGCGCUGAUUUGCGCCGAGAGGGAAAAGAAGAACAGGAUCAAUGUGACAAAUCUUGCACCCCAUCCCACCAUCAUGAUAGCACCACGACAGAUGCAAUUGCCACCCCAACACUACUUUCUUGCGCCAGCACAAUCAGCAGGUAGGACAACAUCGCCCCAUCAAGCUUGCUACCACCAGCAACGUACAAUGAUACAAUUAGACUUGGCCUACGAACGACAUUUGGCCUACCAGCAGCAUUUUUGUCAAGCUUUCUACAAACAUCCUUUUCCUCCCUACUUUCAAGGAACCACCAUCCCUUCGCCAGUAGCAAAUCCUUCAAAGCAGCAGAACCUUGGGCCAUACACUUGGCUGACAAGGGAGAGCUAA